CUAAACCAACCAAACAGCCCCUUAACUCUCCAUCCUCUCCCCCAAUUUCCAAAGGGGGAAAAAAGAAAAAGAAAAAAAACAUGGAUGCUCUUGGAAAUGGCGGAUUCUUCUGGCUCAACUUCCCUCCCAAAAACAGAAACCACCGCCGUCGAUCCAAACCCAAAUCCUCAUCAUCGUCGUCCUCUUCUUCUUCUUCCUCAUCUGAACCCAUCAAUCUUCGACGAGAAGGGAGCGCGGGGGGGUGGUCCCUCUCCGACUUCCCUCUCAAGCAGUCGGCUAUCGCCUCCGCUCUCACUCUCUCCGGCGACACCAUCGCCCAGUUCAGGGACCGACUAUCUAAUCUCCGACGGACUCAGGACAGCGCGGACUCAAAGGAUCAUGCUUCAGUGCUUUGGUCAGACCAUGAUUGGCUUCGCUCUCUGCGCAUGGCUUCCUAUGGAUUUCUGUUAUAUGGUCCUGGCUCUUAUGCAUGGUAUCAAUUCCUUGAUCGUUCUAUGCCCAAGCAGAACAUAAUAAAUCUUUCAACGAAGGUUCUAUUGAACCAAAUUGUACUCGGUCCAUGUGUUAUUGCUGUUGUUUUUGCAUGGCACAAUUUAUGGCUGGGGAAAUUAUCAGAUUUGCCCACCAAAUACCAAAGGGAUGCCCUUCCUACACUUCUCUAUGGCUUUAGGUUCUGGAUUCCUGUCAGCAUACUAAACUUUGGGGUGGUGCCACUUUCUGCUCGUGUGGCAUUCAUGUCUUCUGCCUCAAUCUUCUGGAACUUCUAUUUGUCAUCUACUAUGAAUAAGUAACUCAGCUCAUUUUGCGGCAAGUGAUGGUAGCUUGGAUGAAAAGGGCAGUAGAAGAAAAGAUUCUGUUCCUUCUAAGUUUUCCCCCCUUCCUUUUGGGUCCGCCAAUCUUUUAAGCUUGAGUUGUGGGAUUCAAAAUUUGAAUAUAACCAUAAAUCUGUGGAAGCCUGGAGAAGUCUUUGCUACCGUUAUUUUUUGAUUUAGCUUGGAAUUGAAUUGAAUUGCAGCCUAAAGCGCAGCCUUACUAUAGCAGUAUAUUCUUAUUUAAAUUAUUAUUUGGGUCUGUGCUAACCAUAUCUGCCAUGUAUCUUGGGGCUUCAUACUUUUUCAGUGACAGCUAGUAAUUUGUGUU